UGUUCGCGCCACGCUCUUUCGCCGUUCACGAGAUCGUCGUCGCCGACGAGAGCAACGAGUUACGCCUCCCACCGAGAUCGGAGAUGAACGCAACAAAUCAGCUGUUCCGUCUCUUCAACGAGGGUGGCACACUGUAGUGCGUGUUUAUUUCUUGUGUGGGUGCUGUGGUUCACUCUUUUUGGUUUUUGUUCAGUGUUACACACCGAGUGCGUGUUAUUGUUUUUUUCCCCUCCUGUGUGUCCACUACAUACUCGGAUUUAAAAUGGACGAUAUAAAUUUCGCUGCCCAGUGCUUGCUGGAGAUGUCCCACAGCAAGGACCAUCUGAACCGACCGCUGGACCUGUCCGUCGCGCCGGAGACCCAUCUGCGUGUCUUCAGCGUGCCCGGACCGGCCGUCAUCGUCGAACCCAUCCCGAUCGUUCCGGCCGCUUACGUGAAAGAGGAACCGGUCACCACCAACUCCACGGAAUCCUCCUCGUACAUGGUGGCCAGGAUUCUGACCGACCUGACGCGCAUCAAACAGGAACCGGUCCCGGAAGUGCCGUCCGACUCCGAAGGCAAUCUGACCAUCGACGAAGAUCCGGACGAAGGUUACAACAGUCCGACUAUCCCACCGACUCAAACCGCCGCCGCGGAAAAGAUUCCCGCCAUCACCGCCACCACCAACACCGUCGCCCCGGAAGAAAAGUCGCCGAAGGCCGCCAAAAGUGGAGGGAACAAGAACAGGAAGGCGGGGGAUGCGGUUCCGGUGCCGGUGAGGAAGGUGGCGGCCGGGAACAGGAUCGCGUCGCAGAUCAGGAAAACACACAAAUGCUCCUAUGAGGGUUGUCACAAGGUUUAUGGGAAGAGUUCGCAUCUCAAGGCGCAUCUCAGGACACAUACAGGAGAACGACCGUUCCCAUGCAGUUGGGACGGUUGCGGAAAGAGAUUCGCCAGGUCGGACGAAUUGGCGAGGCACACGCGGACGCACACCGGCGAAAAGAAUUUCGCAUGCCCCGUUUGCAACAAAAAAUUCAUGCGGAGCGACCACCUUAGUAAACAUGCCAGGCGGCACCCGAAUUUUGAUCCAUCCGUGUUGAGACAACGCAGGGCCCCAAAUCGGGCGUUCUCGAUCAAUUCCAGCGAUGGAACACCAUCGGACGUCCUGUCGGAUUCCAUGCCCAGUCCAUAGAAACAAGCUUAGUAUCGUUGUUGGCCUCCCACUCCCCUUAACCCCUAGAUAAAUGAAAAGACGCAACACUCACGCAUUUAUUUAUUUGUCGAUGUCAUAAUCAAAAGGCGACGUUUCGGAUUAAUUUAAUAGUUACCUGAAUCAAAACGGUUUUGUUCCAAAAACAGAAAGUUAUAAUCCGAAAAUGGUUUCUACACUUCCGGUUUCCAAACUCAAAGCCAUAAUGUUUUAUGUGAAAUAUACAAACACUGUUGAAUCAUUUACAUGCGAAUGGACCUCUCUUUAGCUGCUAAUUUAUUAAACGCGUUUACAGUUAAUGAAAAAUUCAUUCGCAACGUUGGCAGCUUUAAAAACUGCACUGUAAAUAAAUGAAUGAUUGACGAGAGUGGCGGAGUAAAUUGGUUUUUUACCUGUUAAAUUGAAUUUUAUUUGUAUUUAUGCGAAUAUCUGUGUAGAAUGAUGGGUGAUAGUUUUUUUUUUUUUGUAAUCUAGAUCGAGUGCGCUGGACACCGUUUUAUUUGGGAGUUAAAGACGUCGACAAUAGUUGGUGAAAUUGGCUGUGCUAUUUACUCGGAUAUCGUUCAGUACUGGUGGACGAAUAUUGUCGUUUUUUUUUUCGUUUAAUUUUAACUGUUUCACUUCAAAAUCGUGUUCACAAAGGCUUUAAAAUUAUAUUAAAUACCAUUAAUUGAAUUUACAUGAUUUUAUUCAUUUUAUUGUCGUCGUAUUAUAGCAAUAAAUGUGUGAAUUUUUCUUAACUUACAUAUCAACUUUUUCAUUUAAUCAGUAACAUUAGUCUGAAUUUCCCACAAAAACGUAGUCCAAACCACAUUAGCAUAUCUUUUAACUACUAGUUUAGAUAAUAUUAAUGCCAAAAUAUUCUACUAGUUCGUUUAAACGAAAUGUUUAUAAAUUCGAGGUCAACUUUGUGAUUAAAUAAUUGCAUAUUGUAAAUUUGGAUUUUAUAAACGAAUCGAUUUAUUCACGGCCAAUAUUUUGGGUCAAUAAGCUCAAUGUCCAAUAUUUACCAUUUUCAUUAUAAAAUGUCAAACGUUAUUAAAAAUUAUUUAUUUUUAUUAAGUCCCAAUUGGGGCUUAUAUUUAAAGUGUAUAUAAUCAUAGAAUAAGAUUUAUUUUUUAUUACAAAUACAUGUAUUUAAUGGUACCUAAAUAUAUCCACGAAUAUAUUGUAUUGAUUUAAAUGUAAAUAAUAAAACUAAAAUAAUUUAUAGAUAUCCAAGAAUAGUAAAAUCUGUCAAUUUAUCACGUUUUGGAUAACUAUUACAUAUGUUGUUGAUUUUUACUCCCCCUUUUGAUUCUUACUGCAAUUUAUAAAGUUUGUUUUGUUAAGUUUUAAUCUAUAGUUCAGCACAAGUCCGACAAUAAAAACAAAAACAACCAUAAUUUGUUAUUAAAUUAAUUUCGAGUACAAAGUACAGUUCCUAGCUGAAUAAUUCCCGGAAAACUUUGUGCUGAACUAUAUGCAAUCUUAUUUUUAUGUUGGCGGUACCUGUUUCUACAUCCGACAUGAUCAAAUAAAAAUUGUGUCGGGUGUGUCUGCUUGUUAUUUUAUUAUUUGAACCUUAUUAAACAUUUAUUAACUCAUUA